AUGGCCAAAGGACCAUCCCAGGACGUGGCCAACACCACCACGGUGAGGGGAUUCCUGCUGCUGGGAUUCUCGGAGGUCCGGGAGCUGCGGCUGGUCCAGGCCGCGCUGUUCCUCCUGGUCUACCUGGCGACCCUGACGGGGAACCUCCUCGUCGUCGCCGUCACCGCCCUCGACCGGAGCCUCCGCGCCCCCAUGUACUUCUUCCUCGGGAACCUGUCCGUCCUCGACCUCUGCUUCAUCACCGUCACCGUCCCCAACUCCGUCCUCGACUCCCUGACCGACUGCAACUCCAUCUCCUUCUUGGGCUGCGCCACUCAGGUCUUCUUGGUGGUGCUGUUUGGCGGUUCAGAGUUUUUCAUCCUCACGGCCAUGUCCUACGACCGCUACGCCGCCAUCUGCCACCCCCUGCGCUACGAGGUCCUCAUGGACCGAGGGGCCUGCGUGAAGAUGGCCACCGCCUCCUGGCUCGGCGGGGGCCUGUUCGGGGUCCUGUUUUCGGCCCCGACCUUCUCCCUGUCCUUCUGCGGGUCCCACGUCGUCCAGCAGUUCUUCUGCGACAUCCCCUCCCUGCUGAAGAUCACCUGCUCCGAGGAGCACGUCACCAUCGACUUGAGCGUCACCGCCGGGGUAGCGACAGGCGUCGUCUGCUUCGUCUCCAUCGUGGUCUCGUACGCGCGCAUCUUCGGGGCCGUCCUGAGGAUGCCGGCCGCCGAGGGCCGGGCCAGAGCCUUCUCCACCUGCCUGCCCCACCUCGCCGUCGUCACUCUCUUCGUCGUAACUUCGUUCUGUGCUUACUUGAAGCCUCCGUCAGGCUCCCCCUCGGUCCUCGACCUGCUGGUGUCCGUGUUCUACGUCGUGGUGCCCCCCGCCUUCAACCCCCUCAUCUACAGCCUGAGGAACCGCGACGUGAAGGCCGCCCUGGGGAGGGUCCUUGGAGGGAACGGCUUCCAUUAA